CUAAAGCACAUUUAGAGUCUCACACUUUCUCACUGUGUUGUACAUCAUCAAAUUGUUAAAUGGAGAAUUUAUCAAAAGAGGAAGAGGCUUUUCCUACACCUCCACCGUACUUCUCACCAGAUGAAAGUCACAUUGGGCAAGAUGCGAGGAUCUUCCAUAUUCCCCCACCGUCACCACCUCCCUCCUUUUUUCCUGGAGUUGUCUGCACAGGCGAAGCUGACUUGCCUCUAACAGUGCUGGAGGCCCCUCCACCGACUCCCAGGCUGACGUUCGUGAGCUAUGAAACGGAGCUGUUUUGCUAUCCCGCUCUGACAACGUGCCCUUUCUGUAAGACUCAGGUCACCACGCACGUCACCUACCGAGUCGGGGGUCUCGUGUGGCUCAUGUGUUUCUUGUUGGCGUUAUGCGGGUUGUUUCUUGGAUGCUGCCUGAUUCCAUUUUUUGUGAACUAUUUCAAGGACGCCCAUCACGCUUGUCCUCGCUGCCAACGGGUCCUCCAUAUCCACAGGAGGACAUGCUGUGAAUGAACACGCAGAUGAUCAACUAUAGGUUCCUGUGUGUGUAAAUGCAUGCACAACAAGUCAGAUCAGGAUAAGCUAAAAUGUUCAAAUGC